AUCCCCUGCAGUGCAUCUCUUGCAGUGAAGCUUGUGGAUCUUUCAGCAGUAACCGAUCAUAAUGUCCUACUCCAGCUCUAGCUCAGUCAGUUCCGGGGGCCACUUCAAGGCAUCCCAAGCAGGGUCUGGACACUCUGUCAUCAAGCGUCGGGCUCCUAGUGUUUACGGCGGCGCUGGAGGACAUGGCACCAGAAUCCUGAGCCACUCCAUGUCGGGCGGUUUUGGAGGUUAUGGUGGAGUCUUUGCCAUGGGAGGAGGAGGAGGAGGAUGGUCCUUCGGUACCGAACAUGGUUUCUCCAUCAACGAGAAGUCCACCAUGCAGAACCUCAAUGACCGUCUGGCCUCCUACCUGGAGAAGGUACGCUCCUUGGAGGCAGCCAAUUCCAAGCUGGAGUUCCAGAUUCGGGAAUUCAUGAACAAUAAGACACCGCUGAGCCAUGAUUAUAGUGCCUAUGAGAAGAUCAUCCAUGACCUUCAGCAUCAGAUCCAUGCAAUGUGUGUUGCAAAUUCCGGGAUUAUUCUGCGAAUUGAUAACGCAAAACUGGCUGCCGACGACUUCCAUGUAAAGUAUGAGGCUGAGCUGGCAAUGAGGCAGUCUGUCGAGGCUGACAUCUCUGGACUGAGGAGGGUCCUGGAUCAGCUGACUCUGGCCAGAUCCGACUUGGAGUCGGAUCUUGAGCGUCUGAAGGAGGAGUUGAUCUACCUCAAGAAGAACCACCAGGAGGAUCUGGCAGCUCUUCGGGCUCAGAUGCACAGCGCAUCGGUCAACGUGGAGGUGGACGCUGCCCCACACCAGGACCUGUCCAGAGUCCUGGAAGAAACGAGAGCGCAGUACGAGGGCAUCGCUGAAAAGAACCACCGGGAGAUUGAAGCCUGGUACAAGAGCAAGUUUGAUGCUCUGAACCAGCAGGUCACCAUGAACACCGCCGAGCUCGAGGCCAACAAGAAUAAGAUCAUCGACCUGAGACGAGUGCUGCAGGGCCUGGAGAUUGAACUGCAGUCUCAGCUUGGCAUGAAAGGGGCCCUGGAGUCCUCACUGCGGGAGACGGAGGCCAACUACUCCAAUCAUCUCCACAGACUGCAGGGGAAGGUGAGCAGCCUGGAGGCUGAGCUCAUGCAGCUGCGCUUGGACAUUGAACACCAGUCCCAGGAAUACCGGAUCCUGCUGGACAUCAAGACCCGUCUGGAGAUGGAGAUUGCGGAGUACAGGCGCCUGCUGGAUGGAGAAGGGGCCAGCGUCCCCGUUCAAAAAGCACCAGCUGUGACCACCAGAAAAGUGAAGACCAUCGUGGAAGAGGUGGUUAAUGGGAAGGUUGUGUCAUCCCACGUUGAGGAAGUAGAACAGGGUAUAUAGACCAAGGCAUUCUGCAAGUGAAGUCAAAUUAAUAAAGGA